GUGCGUCGAGUCACACCAAAUCUCUAUCUCCCCCACCCAAAAUCCACGUAGGCUAAACCGCCACCGAUCGUCACCGUCUCUUCGGAAACAGCCACCGGAGAAACCAUGCGGACCCCUCAUGUAGCCGUACAUUCAAGGGAUUAUCGGAGGAAGAGAACGAAUGAGAAAGUAGGCAUAGUUCGUUUCACGUCGCUGCUCGAACGAAUUGAUGGAAGAAUUUUCAACGACGAAGAACAGUAUCACAUAAUGGUGAAAUUGAAAACGAAAGAUAUACUUUUUAUAAAUCAAAAGUGAAAUCAUUGAGUUAUGGGUUCGCUGAAGAACGAAGGAGAGAUGGAGCAAACGGGAGAUGAGUUUAUGGAGGCGAUACUGUACGUUAAUGGUGUUCGUAGAGUGUUGCCUGGUGGCUUGGCUCAUAUGACUCUUCUUGAAUAUCUCAGAGAUUUAGGACUUACCGGGACAAAGCUGGGGUGCGGCGAAGGUGGUUGUGGGGCUUGCACGGUGAUGGUCUCUUCCUAUGACAGAAAAUUAAACAGAUGCGUGCAUUAUGCUGUCAAUGCUUGUUUAGCACCUCUCUAUUCUGUAGAAGGAAUGCAUGUAAUAUCCAUUGAGGGAGUUGCUCAUCGCAAACUUGGCUUGCACCCACUUCAGGAGUCAUUGGCAUCUUCUCAUGGUUCUCAGUGUGGGUUUUGUACUCCUGGGUUUAUCAUGUCGAUGUAUGCAUUACUGAGAUCAAAUAAAAACUCACCUUGUGAAGAAGAGAUUGAAGAAUGUCUUGCAGGAAAUUUAUGUCGUUGUACUGGUUACAGGCCGAUUGUUGAUGCCUUUCGAGUUUUUGCCAAAACUAAUGAUGCUUUAUAUAGUGGUUUAUCUUCACUUAGCCUUCAAGAUGGUUUAAGUAUCUGCCCAUCUACUGGCAGGCCCUGUUCAUGUGGAUCAACAAAAACAAAUGAAGCGGCCACUUGUAACGACACUAGAUUUCAGCCUAUCUCAUAUAGUGAUAUAGAUGGAGCUAAGUAUACAGAAAAGGAGCUUAUAUUCCCCCCUGAGCUUUUAAUGAGGAAAUUAGCUCCUUUAAAGCUGAGAGGAAAGGGAGGGCUUAUCUGGUACAGACCCGUAAGACUUCAGUACUUGCUUGAUCUCAAAGCAAAACAUCCGGAUGCAAAACUAGUGGUAGGUAAUACAGAGGUGGGAAUCGAAAUGAGACUGAAGAAGUUACAGUAUCGGGUGCUAAUAUCUGUGGCUCAAGUCCCAGAACUCAACACAGUGAAUGUCAAUGACAAUGGAGUAGAGGUUGGUUCUGCACUGAGACUUUCUGAACUCCUGAGACUAUUCAGGAAGGUUGUAAAGGAGCGUCCUGCACAUGAAACAUCAGUUUGUAAGGCUUUUAUUGAACAAUUGAAGUGGUUUGCUGGGACACAAAUAAGGAAUGUUGCUUGCAUUGGUGGAAACAUCUGUACAGCUAGUCCAAUAUCUGAUUUAAAUCCUCUUUGGAUGGCUUCAAGAGCAGAAUUUCGGAUAAUCAACUGCAAUGGAGAUAUUAGGUCCAUACCUGCAAAAGAUUUCUUCCGUGGUUAUCGUAAAGUGGAUAUGGAAAGCAAUGAAAUCUUGUUGUCAGUAUUCCUACCAUGGACAAGGCCUUUGGAGUAUGUGAAAGAAUUUAAACAAGCCCACCGUAGGGAUGAUGAUAUAGCUAUUGUUAAUGGUGGAAUGCGUGUAUUUCUUGAAGAGAGAGGUCAAGAAUUGUGUGUUUCUGACGUAUCGAUUGCAUUUGGUGGUGUGGCUGAGGUUUCUCUGUGUGCCAGAAAGACUGAGGAAUUUCUAAUCGGAAAGAAUUGGAAUAGAGGUCUUCUGCAAGAUGCUUUGAAGGUCAUACAAAGCGAUGUAUUAAUUAAGGAAGAUUCUCCUGGUGGAAUGGUGGAGUUCCGGAAAUCUCUAACCCUAAGCUUCUUCUUUAAAUUUUUCUUAUGGGUUUCUCAUCAUAUACAUGAUAUAAAGCCAACUAUAGAGACCUUCCCAUCCUCCCAUAUGUCAGCUAUGCAAUCAUUUUCUCAGCAUUGUAGAAUUGGAAGACAAGACUAUGAGACCGUAAAACAGGGAACAUCUAUUGGCUUGCCGGAAGUCCAUCUUUCGGCGAGAAUACAGGUCACAGGGGAGGCAGAAUAUACUGAUGAUACCCCAGUGCCUCCUAAUACCUUGCAUGCUGCCUUAGUGCUAAGCCAAAUGCCACAUGCCCGCAUACUUUCAAUUGACGACUCUGAUACCAAAUAUUCGCCUGGUUUUGCUGGUCUAUUUCUUGCUAAAGAUGUUCCCGCAGAUAAUAUGAUUGGACCAGUUGUUGCUGAUGAGGAACUAUUUGCCACGGACGUGGUCACGUGUGUAGGACAAGUCAUUGGUGUGGUUGUUGCUGAUACACAUGAAAAUGCAAAAACCGCGGCAGGAAAAGUUAAAGUAGAGUAUGAAGAAUUACCAGCGAUAUUAUCAAUCAAGGAGGCUAUUGAUGCUAAAAGUUUCCACCCGAACACAGAAAAAAGGUUAACAAAAGGGGAUGUAGAGCUAUGCUUUCGAUCAGGUCAGUGUGAUAGGAUAAUAGAGGGCGAGGUUCAAAUGGGUGGUCAGGAACACUUUUACAUGGAACCUCAUGGUAGCUUAGUUUGGACAAUUGAUGGAGGCAACGAAGUUCAUAUGCUCUCAUCCACUCAAGAUCCUCAUAGGCACCAGAACUAUGUUUCUCGUGUGCUCGGUCUGCCAAUGUCUAAAGUGGUAUGCAAAACCAAACGAAUUGGUGGUGGCUUUGGUGGUAAGGAAACGAGAUCGGGCUUCAUAGCUGCUGCAGCUUCUGUUCCUUCCUACCUGUUGAAUCGACCUGUGAAACUCAUACUGGACAGAGAUGUGGACAUGAUGAUAUCUGGUCAUCGUCAUAGUUUUGUUGGAAAGUACAAGGUAGGAUUUACGAAUGAAGGAAAAAUAUUGGCGUAUGACCUUGAAAUCUACAACAAUGGUGGAAACUCUUUGGAUCUUUCCUCUGCUAUUCUCGAAAUUGCCAUGUUUCACUCGGAUAAUGUUUAUGAGAUCCCACAUGUGAGGAUCACAGGGAGCGUUUGCUUUACUAAUUUUCCUAGCAACACUGCUUUCCGAGGGUUUGGAGGGCCUCAAGGUAUGCUUAUAACUGAAAACUGGAUUCAGAGAAUCGCAGCUGAACUUGAUCGAAGCCCUGAAGAAAUCAAAGAGAUGAACUUUCAAGUGGAAGGUUCUAUGACACAUUACUCUCAGUAUCUUCAGCAUUGCACACUGCAUCAGCUGUGGAAGGAGCUGAAAGUAUCCUGCAACUUUCUAAAGGCUCGUAGCGAAGUCAACGAGUUUAAUAGUCAUAAUCGGUGGAAAAAGCGUGGUGUGGCUAUGAUUCCCACAAAAUUUGGCGUAUCAUUUACCAAAAAGUUCAUGAACCAGGCUGGUGCUCUUGUUCAUGUUUACACAGACGGUACUGUUUUGGUGACACAUGGAGGCGUGGAAAUGGGUCAAGGAUUGCAUACAAAGGUUGCCCAAGUUGCCGCAUCUGCCUUUAACAUUCCCCUUAGUUCGGUUUUUGUGUCAGAGACGAGUACCGACAAGGUUCCAAAUGCGUCACCAACUGCUGCUUCUGUGAGCUCUGACAUGUACGGUGCUGCAGUUUUGGAUGCUUGUCAGCAGAUCAAAGCACGAAUGGAGCCUGUUGCAUCUAAGCUCAAUACCAACUCUUUUGCUGAGCUGGCAGGCGCGUGCUAUUUUCAACGCAUAGACCUCUCUGCUCACGGUUUUCAUAUCGUUCCCGAUAUUGGCUUUGACUGGAUAUCUGGAAAAGGGAACCCAUUUAGGUAUUAUACAUAUGGAGCUGCAUUUGCUGAAGUUGAGAUCGAUACAUUGACUGGUGAUUUUCAGACAAGAACGGUUGAUAUAAUAUUGGACCUCGGAUAUUCUCUUAACCCAGCCAUCGAUAUUGGACAAAUAGAAGGAGCAUUCGUACAAGGGCUAGGUUGGGUAGCUUUAGAAGAACUCAAAUGGGGAGAUGCAGCUCAUAAAUGGAUUAAGCCGGGAAAUCUACUCACUUGCGGACCUGGAAACUACAAAAUACCUACCAUUCACGACAUUCCAUUCAACUUCAAGGUUUCUCUUCUCAAGGGGAAUCCAAAUUCAAAGGGGAUACAUUCAUCAAAAGCAGUUGGUGAGCCUCCGUUUUUUCUAGCAUCAUCGGUCUUCUUUGCGAUUAAAGAUGCAAUCAGAGCGGCUAGAGCCGAGAUGGGUCUUAGCAACAAAUGGUUUCCACUGGACACUCCUGCGACUCCAGAGCGUAUCAGGAUGGCUUGUUUCGACGAGUUUACUUCUCCUUUUUAUACGACAAUGGAUUGUGAGGGAGUGUUAAUGCCGUUGGUCCACGAACAUCUUAUGAUGCCUUGGAAUGAUCUAAGGAAAGGUGAUUGCUGUGGACUCUUGGAAGCUAUUAGUGUUGGCUAUUAUUGCAAAAGCUGCGAUUUUUUCGUCCACAAGAAAUGUGGUGAGUCCUCCGAAUUCAUCAAACACCCAUCUCACCCCGAUCACACUCUUCAGCUUCGAAGUGAAGGUUGUAAUACCUGCAGUUUAUGUGGAAGGAUCAUCAAGGAUCUAUUCUAUCGUUGUGAUCUCUGUGACUUCGAUGUGGAUCUAUACUGUGCCAAGAACCCACCACCAGAGGUUAUUGACAUUCCCGAGACGCAUCACCACAAGCUCAACCUUCACAAGGAGCUGAUCCAGUUCAACUGUGAUGCUAAAUGCGGGAAGAUUACUGGUGCUGAGUUUCCUUACGCAUGUUAUGAAUGUCAAUUACCUUUCCAUGUGGAUUGCGUAUGGCGCCCAUCGGAGCUAAAAAACCCGUCGGAGGUAAUCCAUUCUUAUCACUCCCUACACCCUCUUAAGCUCCUCACAGGUCAACUACCGGACAAUUCUGAUGGAAAAUGUCGUCUUUGCGCAAGAAACAUUGAUGAAAGAUUGUUUUAUCAUUGUUCUCCCUGCAACUUCACCUUGGAUAUGCGUUGCGUUUUAAACCCACCACAACAAUCUCUUCUGAAUUUGAAUGCUCAUGAUCAUCAACUCACCCUUCUCCCAAGACUCUUUUCAUUUACAUGUAAUGCUUGUGGGCUGGAUGGAGAUCGAAGCCCUUACAUUUGUGUUCAAUGUGAUUUCAUGAUUCAUCAAGGCUGUCUUGACUUACCACGCGUCAUAAACAUUAAUCGGCAUGAACACCGUGUUUCUCGAACUUCUGUUCCUGGUGUUGUGAAUUCUAAGGGAGUGUUACUACCGGUUUUUCACAAGCAUCUAAUGAUGCCUUGGAAUGAUCUGAGGAAAGGCGAUUGUUGUCAAAGCUUGGAAUCUGACACUGACGGCUUCUAUUGCAAAAGCUGUGAUUUUUUUGUCCACAAGAAAUGUGGCGAGUCCUUCGAAUUCAUCAAACACCCAUCUCACCCCGAUUAUAGUCUUGAGCUUCGAAGUCAUCGUAUAAACAGUUGCAAUUUAUGUGGAAGGGCGGAAGGUAUGAAUGCAUGGUAUAUUUGUUAUCAUUCUCUAUUCCAUUUGGAUCUAUACUGUGCAAGGUACCCACCACCAGAGGUUAUUGACAUUUCCGAAACGCAUCACCACAAGCUCACCCUUCUCAAAGAACAUAUCGAGUUUGAUUGUGAUGCUAAAUGUGGCAUGAUUGGUGAUGGGUUUUCUUACAAAUGUCCCGAAUGUGAUUUAUCCUUCCAUGUGGAUUGCGUAUGGCAUCCGCCAGAGGUAAAUCACCCUUUAGAGGUAAACCACUCUUACCACCCCUGGCACCCUCUUAAGCUCCACACAGGCCAACCACCGGACUAUUCUGAUGGAACAUGUCGUCUUUGCGCAAGAAAAAUUGAUGAUAGAUUGUUUUACCAUUGUUCUUUGUGCAACUUCACCUUGGAUCUGCGUUGUGUUUUAAAUCCACCACCACAAUCUCUUCUGAAUUUGAAAGCUCAUGAUCACCAACUCACCCUUUUUCCAAGACUCCGUUCUUUUACAUGUAACGCUUGCGGGUUGAGUGGCGAUCGAAGCCCUUACGUAUGUCUUCAGUGUGACUUUAUGAUCCAUCAAGACUGUCUUGACCUUCCACGCGUCAUAAACAUUAAUCGGCAUGAUCACCGCGUUUCUCGAACUUCUGUUCUUGGUGUUAUGAAUUCUAUAUGUGGAGUUUGUCGCCAGAAGGUGGAUUGGACUUGUGGAGGUUUUUCUUGUCAGCGGUGUCCUGGAUAUGUUGUUCAUUCACAAUGUGCCACUAGAUCUGAUGUGUGGAACGGGAAAGAACUCGAAGGAGUACCUGAAGAAACAGAAGAUAUAGAACCAUAUAUCGUAAUAGACGACAACACAAUACAACAUUUCAGCCACAAAGAACAUUACCUAAGACUCCACGUUAACGGUUUUCUAUGUGACGACAACAAGCGGUGCAGGGCAUGCACCCAUCCCAUCUGUCUCCAAUCCUUCUACGGCUGUAUGGAUUGUGACUUCAUUCUCCACCAAAACUGUGCUGGAUUUCCUAGAAUGAGAUGGCAUGUGCUACACAAUGAGCGUCUUACUUUAGUUACUGACGAGACUAAAAACUUUAACUGUAAUGCUUGUGAGAGAUUGUCCAAUGGUUUCAGGUACCAGCAUGGGUAUACGUCAUUUGAUGUUCGUUGCGGUUCAAUUUCCGAGCCAUUUGUCCAUCCAAGUCAUCCCGAUCAUCCCUUAUAUUACACUUUACCAGAUGGAGAGAUUUUCUGCAAUGGCUGCAACAAGAGUUGUUAUUAUGUGCUAAGGUGCAUUGAAGAUGAUUGUAGAUUUUUCUUAUGCUUUGAAUGCGCCACUUUUCCACAAGUGGUAAAGCAUAGAGUUGACGAUCAUCCUCUCUCACUAUGUUAUGGCGAAAAGGCUAGUGGUAAAUUCUGGUGUGACAUUUGUGAAAGAGAAACCAAUCCAGAGACAUGGUUCUACACGUGUAAAGACCACCGGGCUAGUUUGCAUACAAAGUGUGUGCUCGGAGACUGUUCACAGAUCAUGCCCAAAAGCAUAAUUAAGAGUUGGGUCAGAUCUUUUGAGGUGGUGCUCAAUAAUAGUGUAUCUCGUCCAUAUUGCUACUGGUGCCAGUUGCGUUGCAUUUUUCCAAUCAUCUUGAAGACGGUUGGAACCUCAGAUGAAUACUAUUGCUCUUUAAGAUGCAUUCAAAAGAGGGUAUCAGUAUCGGCUGUAGAAGAAGCCAGACUGUUAAAGCGCAGACUGAAAUAAAAAGCAUUUGAAACCAGGUUUUUCUUUUAGAUUUCUUGUAUUACUUCUUUGAAACGACUUACAUGUUUCUAAUGUAUUCAGCCUUUCGAUUUC